AUGAAUCGUAUUGAACCGACUAGUGAUAAUCUCAUCACAGAAGAUGUACGAAGAAAAUCGCCAAAGCUUAGAUAUUUUAGCUUGACAUUCUAUGAAUUUGUGACAAUUAUUAUCACCAUCACAACUCCUGUUGCUAUCGGUAUUUAUACGGCUCUAACAACCCAUCACCAGGCAAAAGCAGAUGCACAUCAAUUAGAGGGACAAAAUCGAAUUGCUACAGAACGUCGUGAAUUCGAUUUGAAAUUGGCAGCUGAAAUGAGACAGCAACAAGUCUAUGAUCAAUUUAUCGAUGAUGUUUAUACUUUACACAAAGAUGAUGAGUUAAACGAAUCAGCUCAUCCAUGGGCAUUUGCUAAUGCACGAUAUCGUGUGGCACAUCUUCAAUGGGAUGCUACACGAAAGUCGCUUGCUCUCCAGUUUAUGAAAGAAAAACAAUUGAUCGGUCGGAACAAGUGUCCGACUGGUUGUGAAAAAAAAGAUUUGGAAGAUAUCAUUCGACUGAAUGAAUUAAACUUUGAUUAUAUUAAUUUAACAAGUCAAACGGACACAUUGAGUAAAAUGAAUUUGAAAUGUAUUGGUUUUGAUCAAGUUUGUCUAAGCAAUGCCACUUUUACAAAUAUCAAUUUGAAUGGAGCUUCAUUCGAUGGUUCUCGAUUGAAUGGUGUAAAAUUUACUGGAUCUUCACUUGUUUGUGCAACGUUUAAUGAAACAGAACUAAAUGAUGUUGACUUUGGUGAUUCAGAUUUAGAACAAGUUCAAUUCAUUAAUGUCAACCUGACAACAGCAAAACUGAAUGAAAAACAAAGACAGCAGAUUUCAGCGAAAAGUACAGUUACACCACAUGAAACAGUUGGGACAACGACAAUGAAAACCAAAUCGACAAAAGGUGGAAACAGAUUUUGUUCUUCUUAA